UAUUUGUCAGCGCAGGGAUCUGACCGGCUAUUUUUGUUUUUCCCAAAUUACAAAAGUGAUCUUCUAAAAAACACUCCAACGGAACUGAUUACAUUCCUUAAAUUCCGGAAAUAUAUUACAAACACACAAAGCAAUUAUGACUUCAUCAAUUAAACGUGGUGCAUUUAUAGUAUUUGAGGGAUGUGAUCGCUGUGGCAAAUCCACACAAUCACGUCUGUUAGUGGAACAUUUACAAAAGUCUGCUAUACCGGUGAAACACAUGGUAUUCCCCGAACGUACCUCUGAUAUAGGAAAGCUAAUUAAUGGUUAUUUGACGAAUAAACAAGAUUUAAAUGAUGAAACUAUACACCUGUUGUUUGCCGCCAAUAGAUGGGAACAUAAAAAUGAAAUAUUGAAAUUAUUAAAGUCGGGCACUACUCUAGUAGUGGAUCGUUACUCUUAUUCGGGUAUAGUGUAUAGUGCGGCCAAAGGUAUGUCUUUGGAUUGGUGUAAGAGUCCUGAAAAUGGUUUGCCUAGACCAGAUAUUGUGUUCUAUUUAAAGGCUGAAGCAGAUGCUUUACUGGAUCGUGGCAAUUAUGGUGAGGAACGUUAUGAGAAAAAAGAAUUUCAAAUGAAAGUUGCCAAAAUUUUUGAGGACAUUUACGAGAAGGAGAAAGAGUAUUGGUAUCAAGUUGAUGCCCGGCAAAGUCCGGAGAAUAUACAUGAGAAAAUUAAAGAGAAAUUUGAGGAGGUUUUAAGGCAGGCGGAGAUAAAUGAAGUAGGCAAAUUAAAGUGGUAAAUACUAUUUAGUUUAAUAUGAAACUUAUUUGUACCCUAGAGUAUUUUUCAUAUAAUUUGUAAGGUAUGUUUUACAUAAGUUUAAAAUGUAAUUAUUAUUAUUGAUAUUGAUAUAUAUUAUUGAUAUAAAUUCAUAAACAAAGAAAAUGUAUUUAAUAGAAUCAAAUAAAUAUAGAGGUUUUUAUCAU